GUGUGUGAAAAGAAAUGUAGGUUGCCAAAUAGAACAAAAAAAAAGUAGGCGAAUUUUUAUAUGUAACAAAUAGAAACAUGGCUGCAGGAAUAUGACCGACAUUUGUGUGUCUUAAACUAUUCCAGGCAUUUAGACUAACCAAUCGAACAUUGCCAUUCCAUUGUGUAACUCUGACGUCUAAAACUAGACUAUGGAUCUAUGUUUAUGCAUCUAUGUGUAGAUUUUAUCAUUGGAUCCAUGUCAUUCGAUUUCUGUGUUGUUUUCUAUGGAUACAUUUUUUAAAACCCAUACCAACUACACGUGACCUGUGUUUUGUGUGUAACACAGGUCAAUGACUGAAUGGAAAGACACAUUUCUUGGAUUUAACCGCUUAUAUCACAUUAUCAGUGAAUAAUCAGUGUCAUGCCUUUAUUUAGGAUAAAAAUUAUAUGAAAUAUAUAGAUCUAGAAUCUAACCUAGUCUAGAUUAUUAAGGCUUAAGGACUUGAGAUUAGCGGCUUUACGAUUCUAGAAUUAAGUUUACUGAUUACAUUUAUAAUUUAGAUGAGAUCUGAUAGUAGUGAUAGCUAGAUCUAGAGACUUCACACAGUCACGGUAUAAUUCAUAAUCGUUGGUGAACUAGCAAGCAGAAUCAGACACUUCAGUCUUCAGACAGACUGGAUAUAGACUCUAUAGAUCUAGAUCUUUAUCUACGACUUGAUCUACCUCAAGUGUGUGAAUGAAUGUGAUGUGUCAGGAAUAACACAAGACACAAGUGUAAUAACUGAGUUAAACUCUGCAGGUAAUGAAUGCUGCAUCAGGCAAAAUGUCUUUGGGACAGGUGCUUUAGGGCCAUUCAAGUAAAGCGUUCCAAACCAUGCCCCACGGAGCGAUCCCGUUUCCAUUCGGUGACUGCCGGAUCUGCAACGACAAGGCCACAGGCUUUCACUAUGGAGUAGCCACCUGCGAAGGGUGUAAGGGCUUCUUUAAACGGAGCAUCCCCAAGGGAGACAAGUACACAUGCUUCUUCGGCGGUCACUGCACCAUCACCCCUUUCAAUAGGAACCGCUGUAAGGCUUGUCGGUUCAAACGUUGCCUGGACAAUGGGAUGGCCAUUGACGCCGUCAAGAUGGGUCGAAUUCCUAAAGUUGAGAAAGAGAGAGCACUUCUGGAAAAUAGGUUGCAGACCAGAUCGGACCAUCACAUGGAAGUGGAAGAAGGCGAUAUUAAUAUGUCCAGCUCGUAUAGCUGGUCUGAGUCUACCAGAAACCAGGACAGGUUAGUACAAGAGAACAGUCACGGAGGACACAUCUCUAGAAUCGACGCCCGAUCGGAACAUGGGUCAGUCUCGAAAGACUGGACACACAAUGACAUUCCAUUAGGGCCUCCGAGGCCGCUGGCCCACGCGCCAAAACCCACAACCCACGCACAUCGCAGCUACAGCUGCGAGGGACGAGAGAUGCCUGAGCUUAUCUCCGAAUGGAAAAAUUGUCACGAUCUCAAAUCUUCAGUGGAUUCGAACUAUAAGGGCGAGACCAUCAACAAUCACCACCUUUCAGAACAUGCCACAUCAUUUUCCACGUCGGACCCAGCGCUUUACCAGGACUUUCUUGGCUCAGAUCAUCUCAUGGGUAACGCCAAAGGACACACCACGAGCCGGUCCAGCAAAGGUUUUCUUGAACAUGCGCAGCACGAUAGUGCUCGCAUGUUUCAUUCAUCUGUCACCAUCAAAACAGAACCAGAUUGUUCUUACGGCAACGAACCCAACGGGGAAUCGUGGGACGGCUUGUACGCUCAACCGUCUGAAAUAAGCUGCCACUCUGCUGGUACAAACUUAACUAGAUUUCCCUUAGAAAACUGCGCUCAGCCUCUAUUAGGCGACUGCCGUGCAGUUUCCUCUUGGGGAAAUUCGUUCGACGAUGCCGAAUCUGAUACGAAAUGUGAGAUUAAAAGAGUACAACCCAUCCAGCCAUUUAACCUGGUUGAAAAAGCAGCAGCUGGUUUGGACGUUAAAGAACCACACCGCGUCGACAAGGAUAGAAAUAUGUCCGCCUUGACGCCCAAAACACCAGCGCCAUGUCGAAGCAGCUACAGUCCAGAUAUUAUCAAAGUGUUACUCGACCAGGUGGGAGGAGAGAGGAUAAAGGGCAUACAGCAUCAUAUCAUGACCACCGUGGCCAAGACGUUUGGACCCGAGGAAUACGAGGCUACAAAGCAAUUGCUCAGCUCCUACACCGAACGUUCGGAACAGAAGCCAACCGAGCCUGCACCGCUCCCUUACCACGAACCGGACAAGCCCUUUCGUUCUUCUGGUAUCUCUCAGGCAGCGGGCAGCACAUCACAGCCAUUUACCACAUUCGGCGCGGGGGUCAACGCUAUGCAGCCGAAGCCUAUGUCAAAUCAUAGAGACUCGAUUCCUAUCAUGAAUGGCCUGGCCCUAAACCACAAGGGCCAGUGGUGUGCUGAAACUAAUUGUGAAAUCAUGGGUCCCUUCCCGAGGGAUAAGGUCAACAGUUCAAAACAUGUUAGUGAUGCAGGGCUUCUUUCCAACGCGGAGCUAAUGGAGACAGAGGAUGGAUUAACUCUUUGUUCUUCAGAUGAAUUAAGUAAUGGCUUACUCGGGGAUCACUAUGAUUCAUUGAUGAAUCUCGGAGCAUCUGAUAAGAUGGACAGCUCCAUCCCUCACAACUUGGACGUGGACAAGGACAGCACGAACCCUAGAGGCCUGGAUGAGUUGUCGAUGUCGGAGUGUUCACAGAGCUUGCUGAAAGCCUACGUGAAGCACAUGGACGCCCUGGUCAAGAAAUAUGACAGCAUGAAUGAGUUUAUCAAAAAUAAGUCCUCGCUGCCGACUCAUCCACUGACUUCGGAAGGAAAAGACUUGGUCUACAAUCUCAUUAUAUCUGGCAUCCCAGAAAUCAACAGGUCUAUUAUUGGCUUUUGUCAAGACGUGCCAGGGUUUGCCACUCUUGCCAAGGGAGACAAAGAACUUCUCAUCAAGAGAGGCUACUAUGAUAUAUGGAUAAUGACCAACAGCAAACUUUUCUAUGACAAUGAGAGCUACCUCCAGCUGGUGGAUGGCACAUUUUACACCCGGGCAUGGAUGGAGAAAAUUCUGAGCCCUAGUAUUGUGGACAAGAUUAUCUCCUUCACCAACAAGUUCAACAAACUAGAGUUAAGCAACUUGGAGUUGGCAAUCUUGUGUGCCAUACAGCUGACAGCUUCAGGCCAUGAAUCUUUAGAGUUUGAGAGAGCAGAAAGCAUCCAACAGGUCAAUGGUUAUUAUCUUGAUUUGCUGGUUGAGGAAGUGUCCAAGAGGCGGCCUGCUUACUGCUCAAGAAUACUUCUUGAUUUGUUUCGAUUGCUGCCAGACUUGAUAGAAUUGAACAGGUUACAGAGAGAAAUAAUAGCCAGCAUGUCAACUGAAGGUUGCCCAGAAAAAGUUGAUUACAAGCCUGAGUUUAAAGCCAGUCUCAAUGAAAAUGAUUUGGCAAUCUUUGAUCAAUGUUAAUCAAUGCUGUUGAAAGAUAUAGAUGUAAAGUUAUUGGAAAAUCUUACAGAAUUGUGACCACUUAUAAACAUCUUUAUUCAAUACAGUUGAUACUUAGCUGCCAGAUGGUUAAAGCCACACAAUUUUUCUACACAGUGUAUAAAUAACAUGGAUUUAUGCUAGUACUGACAGGAAAAUAGACGUGUGUGAUGGUGAACAAGAUGUUAAGCUACAACAAACAAAAAGUUGCAACAUUGUUCCUGAAACAAUGCAUUUUCCUUCCAAACUACAAACAUUCUAGACUUGUUUAUCUACCAGCUUUUAUUAAAGUAAACUGUAUGUUAAGUGCAGUCUGUCAGAAUAUAAAUGUAUGUAUGUAUAUAAACAACCUCUGAGUAAUUUGACUUAUUAUAGCACAGUGAGUAAGAAGAGGGUUAGGGGUUAGGGACAUAAAAAGACAAGACAAUAUAAUGAGGAUAAAUAUAAUGUGUUUUUUUUUUUUGUCUAUUCCUUUUUAUGUUAUUUUUCUAUAACCCAUCGUAGAGAUGUUCAUUUAUGGUUCGAGAUGACCGAGUCCCUUUUAUGAACCAUGUGACCCGGGAAAGGCUUUUAUCCCGUGGCCAGGAUGAGGAAUUGGCUCUUCACCAACCCGUCGGUCUGGAGUCCCCCAGCGACUAGAUGAUCAUUUAAUCACAUCCGUCUGGUCUUGAGAAACUGUCCCUUGAGCCAAUGACAUGAGUUCCUCCUCUCAUGCGAGGCCGGAGGCUGAGCCCACAGGAUGGCCCUCCAUAUGCCUAUACUGUCCCACUGACCAUGUGGGGGGACCAUCACCACCCGUAUGGUUCCCGUUGGGGAACGAAGCAAUGGGGGUUUUGGACUGGUUAGCAAGCCUUUCUCACAUCUCCACCACGUGCAGGUAUACUCGCUAGAGCAUGCAGUGGUAGCUCACUGGGAGGCAUGUUUGCUCUCGUACUUAACCUUUCCGCUUCCCCUGGCAGACGUUUCCACGGAGGUGCCAGCUGAGGCAAUGGGAGCAUUUCCUCCGCUAUAACCCAUCAGAACCUGACAUCCUACUUCUGCAACAUUAUCAAAACAAAAAACAAAACUACAAGUUUCUUUGUUUGGCCUGUAAUUUCAAGCAGAAGUCAACAGCCAACUGCCUUGAUUUACUUAUGCUCGAGAGCGAUGAUCUAGCCAAAGUCCCAAUAUCUUCAUCAGAACUCAUAUGUUAGUCGCUAAAUACCUAACUACUUAGUCAGUGGUUUUUAGGGGCGGGGAGUUGGUCUGUUGUUUCCUGUGUAUCAGAUAUACUAUAUAUAAAUGUUGUUUCCUGUGAUAAACAAUUUAAAACAGUGCCAUUAUUGUUCUGAAUGUGAAAAGAAAAGAAAAACCAUAUUAAUGUUUAUGGACUUGAUAAAAUCUGUAUUCGGGUUGAUAUUACCCAAAUGUUGAUAUUCAACAUUAUGAAUGUAUCAAGCAUGUAUUAGUGUGGUGUUGAGUACAUAUCAUUAUGUGAUGUAAUUACAAGACAUGUGCAAUGCCAGACUGUAGUUUCCUGAUCACUAAACAAAAUUGCAUUGCAGGAACAGGAGUACAGAUGUGACUUAUUAUUUGUUUUUUUUUUAUUUCAGCCUAUAGUUUAUUACCUGCUUGUAACAAAAGAAACUUUUUAAAAUGCAGAUUUAUAGCUUAAAAAUAAAAGGGAAGAAAGCUAAAAUCAUUUUCUUUGAAAAAAAAUCACUCUUUAUUCAUUUAUUUGUAAGUUCCGACUAAAUUAUCAAUUUUGCUCAUUUGUAUAUCACUACCCUGUUGUGAUUAAUGUUCAAUACACUAAAAAUAAUUAAUUUAUAAAUUUACAUUUUAAACUUUUAGUUCCAAAUUUAAAGGCUAGUCAAAUGGAAAAAAAAUUUGGGAAAGAUAAUAAUUAAUAAUAUGAAAAUAUAAUCCUAAUUGAAUUUCUGUCUUACAUAGUAACAUAUAAUUAUAAAAUGUGCAAAUAAAUUAUUGAAAGGUUAGUCUUAUCAUAUAGAUCUGUUUUCUUACGAAUUAAAGGAAAGAAAAUGAGCCUAAUUAUCUCAAGUUGGUGACAAAGUACAGGCUGCUGCUACAACCUUUUUUUCUACUUCUACAUUGACAUUGAUAAAUUAUAUUGAUUGUCAUUGAUCAACAUUGUAUCCUUUCCAAUCUCUGCCUCAUCCCUUGUUGCUCCUGGUUUGAUUUCAUCCCUUCUGUUGCACCUGGUUUGAUUUCAUCCCUUCUGUUGCUCCUGGUUUGAUUUCAUCCUUUGUGUUGCUCCUGGUUGUUACAUUGAAUCAACUUGAUUAGUGCAACCAUUAAGUCUUGUCUAUUUAAAGAGUAGCUGACAACUUUAUAACAUGUUUUAAUGUUAUAAGACUUAACGAAUGCUGUUCAUACUGUACAGAGGUCUGAAAACUGCUUGUCAUCAAUUCAGUAAUGUAGGCCUUCUAGAUCAUUGACAUGUCCAUGUACAUAGCUCAAGACCAUUUUUGUACCUAAUGAAAACUUAAUUCAUCUCAGUUAACUAAUAUAAUAUUUCUUUCGCUAAUGCACCAGUGAAUGACUUUCAAAUCUUGAUCUACAAUUUUUCUUUUGAUUGUUAACACUUUGUUUACUCCAGAUUGUCACUUGAACAAUUUCUGAAAGAUUGGCAUGAACAAGUUUCUCCCUUUAUGCUUGAAACAUUUGGACUUUCAAUUUGAUCUCAUUUGUUGGAUUCUUUUAUAUACAAAAUGCCACAUUCUUCUGCUAUUGAAUUUUAUGUUGUCUUUUUUUUUUAAGACUAUUGUUGUGUUAAGCCCUUAAUAGACCUCAUUCACCAAUUGUAAACAAACAACAUUUAGCCACGUGAUUCUAUAUAUCUUCUAUACAAAUUAUGUAAUCCAUAGUGGCUGUCACGUGAUACAUAUUUUUCAUUGUUUUAUCAAUAUUAUGACGUGGCUAAAUGUGUUUAUUUACGAUUGGUGAAUGAGGUCCAUUAUCAGAUAAUCAGUACUGUAUGUUAAGCCCUUAACUAUCAGUACUGUAUGUUAAGCCUCUUACUAUCAGUACUGUAUGUUGUUAGUCAAUAUCUGAUCGGUGUCAGUUUUUUUUUUUUUUCCAUUUAUUGCCUUCAGACAAAUUGUGUGUCUUCUGGAAGGUGAACAUUUCUGUUGUUUGUAACUCCCACUAGGCAGGAAAUGUGAAAUCCUGCUGUGGACUUUGUUUUCAACCAUGUAAAUAGUGGACUCUUGUUGUUUGAAAAAUUAACCAUGUAAACGCAUUAUGAAAUCAGUGCCCGGUGUUGAUUGAAGCAUUCUGGGAGGAAUAAAAGCUCAAAGCAAAAAGAUAAUUCAAGACUUAGCAAAAGAUAAUUCAAAACUUAGCAAAAGAUAAGUCAAGCCUUAACAUAUGUUUUAGUUUAUGUGCUGAACAUAUACAUAUUUUUUUUUAGUUUAUAUUUAGAACAUAAACAUUUUAUAGUUUAUAUAUUAACAUAAGCAUGUUUGUAGUUGAAAUACUGGAAUUUCAAAAAUUUCAAUGUGUUGAAAAAAAAAAAAGUGGGGGAAUCACUAGGUUGUUUUCUUUGAAAAAAAAUCACUCUUUAUUCAUUUAUUUUUAAGUUCCGACUAAAUUAUCAAUUUUGCUCAUUUGUAUAUCACUACCCUGUUGUGAUUAAAGUUCAAUAACUUUUUAUUUGUUAUCAGAAAAUGUUAGAUUUGUUAUAGAAUGCACAGCCUUUUUAAAAUAAAAUAAAUUGGUGUUUAUGAAAUGAACUGGAAUACUAUAUUUAGGAUUUUUACAUUUACAUAGAAAAACUUACUGACUGUGUACAAGUCUCUGAAGAACUCGAUCUAGGCAAUAUUUUUUUUAUACAUAUUGGACUAAGUGUAUUUUUUUUGUAAUAGUUGUUCAUAUUUUCAUUCCACUAAUUCUAUAACAUAAAAUAAUUGUCUUGAGCCUGUGUCAUCACUAUGUAGAGAAUCAAUAGUAGAAAAAUUUAGUCUUUUUUUUUUUAGCCCCUACUUUUAAAAAAACAUUGUUUUUGGUAAAAACAACAUUUGAACAGAAAUGUUCAGUAUCAUUCCACAGCCUUUUAGCAUGAACUUUGUUGUUUUGUUUUUUUUUUAAAGUAAAUUUGAUAGUAUUUUUUAAAACAUUUUUUAAUGUCAUGUUUCAAUGAGAACGUUCUAUGUUUCAAUCCUAUCAUUUAAAAAUGAAGUUUCACAUUUCAUUGACACAAAAUAUUUAUUUAUUCUUGGAGCAUUUAGAAAUGGUACAUUUUUGUUUCAUUCAUAUACAAGUCACAACUGCUUGCUCUUUUAAAAUAUAAAAGCACAAAAAUAUUGUUCAUGAAUUCUUGAAACUUGCUUGUUUCAACUUUGUGCCUUUUUCAACUUGAGAACCCUUAAGGCCUAUUUUCUGAACUAUGAUUGAAGUUGUGUUUACACACACAAACUUCCACAUUAACCUUAGAAAUUCUGUCAGAACUGGCUGGUCUGUUUUAUUUAUCGCUAAAAAAGAAGUUUGACUCACUGUCUGAUAUUUUUAAUUUGUUAGAAAAACCUGUCAUGUAUGUUUAAAAGUUGCCUAAAUGUUUUAGUGAUAGAAUUGUUGGUUAGGUUUUAAUUCUCUGCUCAAUACACAUCAUUUUAUUUAUUGAAGAAAAUUAUGGGUUAUUUAUUUAUUAUACAUGCUAUUGAUGUGAAUGUUGUGAUGUUAGGUAGACUAGAGAUGUUUUUAUAGUUUUCACAGUGAUGUGGUUGUAGGAUGACAUUGUUUACUGAUGAGAUGGUUGCAGAACACUGCUUACAGAUGUGAUGGUUGGAAAACAUUGUUUACUGAUGUGUUGUGAAUAAUGUGAUGGUGUUGCUGAUUACAAACAUAUUUUCUAAAUUAGUAGAUCAAUUGUGCUCUUAGAAAAUGCUUAAGUUACGACAUGCUAUUUCAGUUUCAACAGGUCACUAUCUAUAUGAAAUAUAAUAAAUCUAUCAUAUUUGAAAAUAACUUAAGUAAGGAGAUGCUAACUAUGGUUGGCUAUUUCAAGAGUAAUGGUGACUAGAAUAGCCAGAACUGUUUAAAGAACGCAUAAACACACAAAAUACAAAGCCUCAAAAUGAAAAGAAAUGACAACAUAAUGAUGAAUCUCCCAAUGUCUUCAGUUCAUGCUAGCGUUACAGAUGAUGCAGUGCUUUGUUUCUGAGUUCAGAACUCAAAAACAGCUCUCCAUCAGGAUUUUAAAAAUAUUGCUGAGAACUGCAGCAUAAACUAACCCAUCCUAUCCCAUGAUAAAACUACACAGUACAAGUUAACCUUGUAUUGAAGGGACAAUAAAAAUGAAUAUUUAUAACAAAAGUUGUUAUUAAAACAAAUAUUAAAAAAUUAAAGAUAAAUUGUAAUGACACUACAAUGGUUAACACAAUGGCCAACUAGAUUUGCACUUUUUUUUCUCCUUUGAACUUUGUUUUGUAACCACAAUUUUCUUAAUACCAUAAAUAUACAUUAAUACAAUUAUAAACACCAUCAAAAAACAAUUUACAAAUAUUUCUUUUCCUACCAGUUGAAGGGUAUUGAUGCUAAUACGAGUAGAAUGAUUGAAUGUGUACCUCUUAAGACUUGAUCUUUACUAUGGUCAAAGUUAUGUGAGCUUUUCCUGUGCACCUCUUGAUAUAUUUACAUAGGAGGCAAUACUUGAACAGCUUGUUGAACUGUUGUGUUUCCCACAAUGAAGUUCAAAUCAGUUGAUCUUUAUAUCAUGUUAGAAACAUUUGCUCACUCUUACUGUCUCACUAGCUUCAAGUUUGGUUUUUAUUUCAUCAUCAAUGUGACAGUGUCUGACUUAAUUGUCUAUGUUGACAGUAUCUUAUCUUAUUGUCUGUGACAGUGAAUGACUUAAUGGUCUAUGUGACAGUAUCUGACCUUAUUAUCUAUAUGACAAGUGAAUGAUCUUAUUGUCUGUGACAAAUGACUGACUCUAUGUGACAGUUUCUGACUUAUAGUCUGUGACAGUGAAUGACUUUAUUGUCUAUGUGACAGUGUCUGACCUAUUGUCUAUGUUACAAUUGUCUGAUUCAAUGGUCUAUGAAUAUCUAUGAGGCAGGAUCUAUCACUUGAUGACCAAACUCAAAAUUGUAGUUGUUUUUUUUUGUUGUUUUUUUAACAUUUCAAAUUCAUAUCAGUUUUAAAUUGUAUCUCCAUUUAAAAUUAUUCCUACUUUUGUCACUUGUACUCUUCCUGUUCUGUGUUAUUGUUGGUGAUCUCCCCUGUGCUUUGGCUAUUCUCCAUAUUUCUACGUUUGUCUUUCAUGGCCAAAACAAAAAAAAAAAAAAGAUUGACUCUGUUACUUUUUCCCAUUCCAACAUUUUUUAUGUUCACUACUUUCUAGGUGUCUAUAGAUCUCUAUUUAUAAUUCAGCUCUCAAUUCUCAGGCUCAAUAUUUGAAAUUGGUUUGUAACGUCUUUGUCAUUAUUUUAUUUAUUUUUUAAAAUCUAGACGGGUGUAGAAUCAUAUUUUGCUGAUAGGACAUCAUUUAUCAUUUAGGUUUCUGCAAUAUCUUGAUCAUACCUUUGUAUCAGGCUAUCUGGUCAACAGAUUUGCAUUCUCUAAUUUCGCUUCUUUCAAUAUGUAAAUUACAACAUGAGGAUUAGAUUGGAUCUCAGACUAUUUUUUUUUGCUGAUUAGAUAUUAUAUGGUAAAAUAAGAUAAUUAUGAAAAAUGAAUGUUUUUUUUAAAAUCCAAAUCUUGAUUGUAACAAUAUGUACACACAUCGGAUUUGAAUUCAUUGAGAUCAUUGAUUAGUCCAUCUAUUUCCUCUUUCAGACAGCUUUUUGCUGCUCAGUUGUAAGCUCUUUAUUAUUUUGUGCCAUAAUGUUCUGCUGUCCUCAACUGCUCCUCACUGCCAUACAUGGUUUAGGUUUUUCUGGGUUGUUGAAGUAAAAGAUGUUUUUUUUUACUACAUUGUUUGCCAUAGUUUAUUAUACCGUCUAAUAUGAUGCCCUUCUGAUACAGUUUUGUUGUUGCUGGAGUUUAUAACUGAAUCAGAACUAAUGAGAUUGUUGUAUUUGUUUAUUUCAUGUCUGUGUGGAAGAGUUUUAGAAUAUCACUUUGGCUUGGUUUUUCUGUCCAAAAAUUGGCAGGAACUCAUUUGAUGUGUCAAGGUUAUUCCCCUUUUUAAUCCAUUAUUUCACUGUAACCUAUUGAUUAAUAAUUUAGUGGUAUUCUGCUGAAUCUUGAGGUGUAUCAGGUAGAUCUAAUACAGGACCUACUUUCAGGUAGUACAGGACCUAAUAACAUGAAUGAUAUAUAUACAUAUAUAUAUAUAUUAGUUGGCCUAAGACUUACAAUAUUGUAUGGGCAUACUUAACCCCAUUGAAGUGUCAGGAUUAAUACCAUGAAUGAUAAAUAUUAGCUAUCCUAAGACUAAAUAUUAAAUGAAAAUGUCUGUACCUGUGGAUUUGAACACCUUGUGUCCCUCAAUGUUGUCUAGCUGUGGUUCCUUGUGUGGUAUACAUUGUAAUUUUGUUAGUUGGAAGUUGUUGUUUUUUAAUUAACCAACCAAAAAGAGUGAAGAUGUAUACAUUGUCUUAAGUUUAUUUGUUUAUCAUUGGAAACUUUAAAAAAAUAAUUCCUUUUUACUCAAACUAUUUUCUUCUUUCUUUCUCUGUGUUCUACUUGAUUCAUCAUUUAGUCAUGUUGAUUUGUUUUAAAAUGUUGAUUUGUUUUAACAGCCAAAUGUUGUUCUUCUAAAUCAAUGAUUUGAUGUUUUGAAAUCAUUUUGUAUUUAUUUGGUUCUAUACAUGAUAUGUGUUUCAUUAAUAGUGUGAUCUGUUGUGAGCUGUAAAAUAGGCUAUUCGGGACACAGCCUUUUUUUUUUUAUUUAUCUUGAAGAUUUUUAUCAUAUUUUACGGGCCAGCAUACAGCUGGUGUUGAUUUAGCUUCAAUAAAUUGUAUGAUACCAAACUUG